ACCUCAAUACCACCCAUGCCGCUUUUCAAAUCCCACCCCGACCCACCACCCGUCCGUCCCCCUUCUCCCGACCCAGCAACCCGUCGACCCACCGCUGGGUUUUUCGACUUUGGCUCUCUCCGUCGCGUUGCGUCUCCCGAGCCACUGCCAACGCCAACCACCGGAAAUACCGCCUACCAUUCCGCGCGCUCUGGCUCUUCCUCCUCGUCUGACGACGACAGGAUGUCCACCCGCAGUUCCUUCUUUUUCCGGCCACACAAGAUGACGGCUUCACCGCCAACCGAACCCGAGCCUUCUCUCCGCAGUGUCAAGCCCCACGACACCACCUCCGUCCGCUCCCAGUCGACCACCGCCUCUUUGUUUGGCUCAAUGACACUCAAGAACUUCACCCGCACUGCUGACCGCGAUCCCCAAGUCAUUCUCGCCCGCGAAAAAGUCGCACGGGCACACGAGGCUGAGGCCGCUGCGGACCGCGCCGUGCUCCAUGCACGUGCGCGGGUGAGAGACGCGAUGGAGCAGAUCAAGGAGCUGGAGGAAGAGGCGAAAGACGAGUCUAUGCGUGCCAAAGCCAAACGCACAGAAGCUUCGCUUGUCGGGAAAGCUGCACGCGCAUUGGGCAGACAUGGCUGA